CAUGCGCAGUGGGUGUUUGCCGGCCAUUUUGAGUAAGGCGAGGAGAGGGCGCUGGGCUGUCACUUCGCUCGCUCCCUCCUCCUCUUCCACCGCCGCCGCCGCGAUUACUGCAACAGCAGGCGUCAUUGCACUGCCGCACGUACUCGGUGCGAUUCCUCAUCACCGUCGUCGUUACGCGCCGCUACUCGCGAAGACACAAGACGAGGACAGAAGGAGCGGCGAGACGCCGUGGAUGCGAGGCCGGGCGGCCCGGGGUCGCGUCUCCUCCUCCGCGAGCGGUGGCAGCAGCGGCGAUAACAACAACAGCAGCAGCAGCAAGGGCGAAAGCAGCGCCGAGGACGACGAGGACGACGAGGCUUCACAUAAGCCCGCUCACUUGUAUUUAUAAUCCACAUCUACCUACUGCUGCUGGCGGCGGCGGCGGCACGCGUCGAGCCGCGAGGAGAUGACAUAAAUAACGAGGAAGGGGCGAGGGGAGGCUCCUGGUGUGUGUGUGUGUGUGACCGCCUCUCCUUCACCUUGCCUACCUGGCUGUCUAUACAACGCCUUUCCUCUGCUGGGGCCCGCGCACAGGCCGCCCAAGACAGAGGCGGAGCCGCCUCCCAACUCCUUCCGCGGCUUCGUCUCGACGCCCGCUGUCAAGUGGGUGGUGGUGGCCGGUGUCACCACCGCCGCCACCAUCAUCGACAAACAUUGUCACAUCGUCCUCAACAUCGUCGUCGUUGGUGCCGCGGGGUGGUGGGGGGUGGGGGGAGCCGUGUGAAUGAGCGCGAUGUCGGCCGAGGUGCGCCUGCGGAAGCUGGAGCAGCUGGUGUUGGACGGGCCGCGUCUGCACGAGUGCGCGCUGAGCGUGGAGAGCCUGCUCGACGUGCUCGUGUGCAUGCUGGACGAGUGCAACAAUUCCACGCUGCGGCGCGAGAAGAACGUCGCCGAGUUCCUCGAGUGGGCCAAGCCGUUCACAACCCGUGUCAAAGAGAUGAGGUUGCAUCGGGAAGACUUUGAGAUGCUCAAAGUCAUCGGCAGAGGUGCCUUUGGGGAGGUGGCCGUGGUCAAGCUGAAGAGCUCCGAGAAGGUGUUCGCAAUGAAGAUCCUAAACAAGUGGGAGAUGCUGAAGCGAGCGGAGACGGCGUGCUUUCGGGAAGAGCGGGACGUCCUGGUGCGAGGCGACAGCCAGUGGAUAACUACUCUGCACUACGCCUUCCAGGAUGAGAACUAUCUGUACCUGGUUAUGGAUUACUACGUGGGUGGGGACCUGCUCACGCUGCUCAGCAAGUUUGAGGAUCGUUUACCAGAGGAAAUGGCAAAAUUCUACGUCGCAGAGAUGGUGCUCGCCAUUCACUCCAUUCACGAGCUGAAAUACGUACACAGGGACAUCAAACCAGACAACGUCCUGCUGGACAUGAACGGCCAUAUCCGUCUUGCCGACUUCGGGUCCUGUCUCAAGCUGCUCACGGACGGCACGGUGCAGUCCUCGGUCGCUGUCGGCACGCCCGACUACAUCUCCCCCGAGAUCCUGCAGGCCAUGGAGGAUGGCAAGGGCAAAUACGGGCCGGAGUGCGACUGGUGGUCUCUGGGAGUGUGUAUGUACGAGAUGUUGUUUGGCGAGACUCCCUUCUACGCGGAGUCCCUGGUGGAGACCUACGGCAAGAUCAUGAACCACAAGGAAAGGUUCCAGUUCCCCACCAACUCGGUGGAGGUGUCGGACGAUGGCAAGGACCUCAUCCGCCACCUCAUCUGCAGCCGGGAGCAGCGGUUUGGCCGCAACGGCAUCCAAGACUUCAAGAAUCACCCGUUCUUCGCCGGCAUCGACUGGGACAACAUCCGCAACUGCGAGGCUCCCUACAUCCCCGAAGUCAGCAGCCCCACGGACACCUCAAACUUCGACGUUGACGACGACUACUUGAAAAACACGGAAGCAGUGCCACCGCCGAGCCACACGGCGUUCUCAGGGCUCCACCUGCCUUUCGUGGGCUUCACCUUCACCACAAAAUGCUCUCUGUCAGACCGCGGCAUGCUGAAGAGCGCGGAGGAGAGCAGCUCCAACCCGCCCGAUGGCCUGGUGCAGCGCGGCCUAGAGGACAGCCUGGCGGUGGAGGCCUACGAGCGCCGCAUCAAACGCAUGGAGCAGGAGAAGCAGGAGCUCACGCGCAAGCUGCAGGAAUCAAUGCAAGCCCUCUCAUUCGGCCAGCGGGAGAGCUCUUCGCCAUCGCCAUCCUCCAAGGACACAGAGAUCCGUAAGCUCAAGGAGGAGGUGGAACGGCUCAGGUCCUCCCAGCCAGACUCUCCGCGGCGUGAGCCACUCAACGAGGCCAGCCAGCAGGUGAAGCAGCUCGAGAAGCAGCUGAAGGUCACCCGGCAGGAGAAGGAUGACAUGCACCGGGAGCUGCAGGAGGCGCACGACAGACUCAAGACGCAGACCAAGGAGCUGAAGGAUGCUCACAACCAGCGCAAGGUGGCAAUGGCGGAGUUCUCCGAGAUCAACGAACGCAUGACGGAGCUGCGCUCACAGAAGCAGAAGCUGGCGCGGCAGCUACGUGACAAGGAGGAGGAGGGGGAGGCUGUGCUCCAGCGAGUCGAGGGGCUCAAGCAGGAGGGGCGCAAGGCAGAGAAGGCCCGCAAGGAGCUGGAGGCCCAGGUGGAGGAGUUUCAGGCCGAGGCUUCAAAAGAGCGCAAGCUCCGCGAGCGGAGCGACCAGUACGCCAAGCAGCUGGAGGAGGAGCUGAGCAAGCAAAAGCAGGUGGGGCGGGGAGCGGGCGUAAGCAGCCUGGAGCACCAGCAGGAGAUGACUCGCCUGCGCGCCGAAAAGGACAAGAUGAAGGUGUCGUACGAGGAGGAGUUGUCGAAGCGCGACGCCACGCACGUCACGGAGAUCCGCGGCCUGCGCAAAGAGCUGCAGGAGGCCGAGGCCCAGCAUCUGGUCCUGCAGAAGGAGGUCGCCAUGAUCCGAGACAAGUUGGACAAGGCGCGUCGCGAGAGCCAAAGCGAACAAGACGAGGUGGUGGUGGAGCUCAAGAAUAAGUACGAGAGAGAGCGCAGUCUCCUCACUGCCGAGAACAAGAAGCUCAAUCAGGAAGUGGACCGGCUUGCCGUGGAGGUGGAGCGCCUCUCGGGGAGUCAGCGGCAGCUGGAGGAUGAACUGCGUGACCUGGAAGACAAGAAGCAGUCUGUUGCGCACUGGGAGGCACAGAUCACCGAGAUCAUCCAGUGGGUCAGCGACGAGAAGGACGCCCGCGGCUACCUGCAGGCCCUCGCCACCAAGCUCAAUGAGGACCUCGACUCCUUGCGCAACUCCAGCCUCGGUGCCAAACCCAUGAACACACUGAGCCCUUAUUGCCACAACUACACAGAGUCCGAUGGCGCUAGGCAGGACACGCUGUGGAAGACGAGGCGCAGCCAGAAGGUGGAGAUGUCCGCACGGCUGGAGCUGCAGUCUGCGCUUGACGCGGAGAUCCGUGCCAAGCAGGGCGUGCAGGAGGAGCUCACGCGAAUCAAGGCCACGCACAUGGCCACCGAGGGGAAACUGCAAGAAACUGAGAAGAAGAACAGCAGCCUCAUGGCAGAAUUGGACACCCUUAAGAAAGAAGUGGCCGAGAUGAAAAGGCAACCAGACAAAGGUCUCAAACAACAGGACUCGAGGAACUCCCUUGUGCGAUAUUAUGAAACACCGUCGUCACCGGUUGACAAGGCAGACGAUGCAGAGCUGCGUCCUGGCCCGGUCUCACAGCUGUCGCGCGCCACCUCCCUGCCUGUGCACUCCACGGCUGCACAGGCCAAGCCAAAGGCGCACUCGCUGGUGGUGCGGACAUUCAGCAGCCCCACCAAGUGCAGCCAGUGCAGCUCCCUCAUGUUGGGCCUGGUGCGGCAAGGCUGCGCGUGCGAAGUGUGCGGCUUCUCAUGCCACGUGACGUGUGCCGAGAAGGCACCCCAGGUGUGCCCCAUCCCGGCAGACCAGACACGCCGGCCCCUGGGUAUCGACCCGCAGCGUGGCACCGGCACUGCCUACGAGGGAUACGUGCGGGUGCCGAAGCCAGCGGGCGUCAAGAAGGGCUGGCAGAGGGCGUACGCGGUGGUGUGCGAUCUCAAGCUCGUUUUGUUCGACAUCCCCGAGGGCAAGACGGCGCUGCCAAAUGUGGGGGUCAGCCACGUCAUCGACAUGAGGGAUGAGGAAUUUUCUGUGAGUUCGGUCCUCGCCUCUGACGUGAUCCACGCCAACCGUAAGGACGUGCCCUCCAUCUUCAGGGUGACGGCGACGCAGCUGACGACACCCCGUACGAGGUUAUCGACGCUGAUCCUCGCGGACACCGAGACAGAGAAGGAGCGCUGGGUGGGCGUGCUGAGCGAGCUGCAGAGGCUGCUCAAGCGCAACAAGCUCAAGGAUCGCGCCGUGUACCAGGCGCGCGAGGCCUUUGAGAGCGGCCUGCCCUACAUCAAGACCACCCUGUCCGCCGCCGUCAUCGACCAUGAUAGAAUAGCACUUGGAGCGGAAGAUGGGUUUUAUGUGCUCGAAGUCACCAAUGAUGUGAUCGUGCGCGUGGACGACUGCAAAAAGGUGACGCAGAUCGAGCUGAUCCCGGAGGCGCAGUUGGUGGCCGUGAUCACCGGCCGCAACCGUCAGCUGCGCCUCUACCUGUGGAAGGCGCUCGAGGGCAUGGAGCAUGAGCCCUACAAGGUGCCCGAGGCCAAGAACUGCCAGGCGAUAGCGGCAGGGCGUCCCAGCGGGCUCAGCGCCGCCGGCUCGGCCCUCCUCUGCCUGGCCAUGAAGCGCCAGCUGGUGUGCUACGAGCUGAUGGGCGGUGCUGCGCGCACGCGCCACCGCCGGAUUCGCGAGUACCAGCUGCCCAACGUGGCGCAGUGGCUCGCGGUGCUGUCGGAGGGCAUCUGCGUCGGAUACCAGUCCGGAUUCGCCAUCUACGCCACCGGGGCCGGAGAGGAGGGGUCGGGCCACUGCCUGGUGCAGGCUGAGGACCCCUCGCUGAGCUUCCUGGCGGCGGGCGGUGGCGCUCCAGCAGACGCUCUGUGCUGCGUGGAGAUCGUGGGCGGACCCGGCCCGGCACGCGAGUACCUGCUGUGCUUCUCCUGUGUGGGCAUCUACGUGGACCGGCAGGGCCGCCGCUCGCGCCAGCAGGAACUCAUGUGGCCAGCACCUCCCACUGCGUGCUGUUACAACCCUCCGUACCUGUCGGUGUACAGUGAGAACACAGUCGACAUAUUCAACAUCAUCACCAUGGAGUGGAUACAGACACUGCCGUUGAAAAAGAUAAAGCCACUGAACCCCCAGGGCACCCUGAACCUCCUCCCCUCCGAGCCCGUGCGUCUCAUCUACUUUCAAAACAAGCAAGCAGAGGGCGAGGACCUGCAUGUGCCUGAGACGUCGGACAACAGCCGGAAGCAGCUGAUCCGCAUGCGCAGCCGGAGGCACUUCUCCUACCGCGUGCCGGACGACGAGAAGAUCUCCUUGAGGGAGAUGAUUAUACGGGACCCAGAGCUGCGCUCCAAGCUCAUCUCCGGUCCCACCAACUUCAACCACGUGGCGCACAUGGGCCCCGGCGACGGCAUGCAGAUGCUCAUGGACCUGCCCGUGCGCUCGUCGACGAUCCACGAGGAGCACCCGCAGGAGCGACCCCGCCCCGCCAUCUCGGGCUCCUCCAGCAUGGCAGCCAUGCCGCGGCACUCGCACGCCGGCCUCUCCACCAGCCCCAGCUCGCUGGCCCAGAACGGCAGCGCAGGGCGGAGGGAGGCGGGCGGCGCAACAGGCGGUGCCGGCCUGGGCAGUUCCGGUAGUGGGGGCUCCGGCAGCAAGAAGUGGCCCGUGGCGUCGCCUUCGGACGGGUCGCUCUCGUCGGGCGGCCCCGACCAGCACAGCGAGGGCCACGGGCCCCGUGCUGACUCGGAGUUUGAGCGCGAGGACUCGGACUCUCCACGCCACUCCACGGCCUCCAACAGCUCCAACCUCAGCAGCCCGCCUAGCCCGCUGUCUCCACCGCGCAACCAAGGUGGAGGCAGCAGCGGCGGCGCUGGUGGCGGUGGUUUGGGCGGCCACUCCCCGUGGGACCUUUGAGUCUGGGCACGCGCGACGUCCAACGGUGUUGGUCGCAUGCCCGCGCCAUUCCUCCUCGAUCGCCCCCGAUGGUGACGACUGCAACGACGAGGACAAGACGUGGGGGGGGGGGGGGGGGGGGGGGGUGUGCCGAAAACCGGUGCUGGGAGUGUUGGGGGGGUGGAGGGGGGUCCCAGCCACGUUUGUCUUUUGCCUGAAGGGAGCCCCGCCAGGUGACCCCGCCCCUCCGCGUGCCCCCCCCCCUCCCCGCAGCCUGCGUGGGAGCGAUGGAACGUCGUGUUCCUGUGGGGCCCCGGGGCUGCACGCGCCAGCUGCCCCACACCGCUGCCUGUGAAGGGACCCCGGGCCCACGCACGCACUCACACUCGUUUUCUAUUCCUCUCUGUGUUGCUGCCCUCUCCCAACCCGGGGCUCCUGUGCCUGUCUACGGGAGACAAGGGGAGGGGGCAGCUGGGAGUGUUGAAGAGAGUUUCGUUAUAAAUACCGAUAAUAUAAUAACUAUAAUUACAGUAAUUACCGAUUUAAAGAAAAAAAAUUAAGAAACAAAAAAAUUAACUUAAAAUUGUCCUGAAUUUUGUUCCACUUUCAGAACAUGUAGAGUUGUUUAACCCCGAGCCGUUGCUGCUACGUGCGGUCACCCGUCGUAUUCAGCGGCUCCAGGAGACUCCAAGCAGGUGGACUUAGGACGUCCCGUGCAUAUCACGGCUGUCCCGUGUCCACACUGCCUCCGUGAUCCGACCACUAAGGCCACGGGCCAUUGGCACUGCAGAACCUCUCCUGUGAGAGGCACGAGGGCGCUUGGCAAGCGGCGAAGCUCGGCGCUGCGCCACGCUCGUCCCCCCCCCCCUCCCGCGUCGUCCCUAUUGGGAACAGAGCGCCGGCAAACCGGCGCGGGGGGGGGGGCCUUGUACUGUUUGGGUGGGGGUGGGGGGGUUUGUUAAACGUUUUUUCCUGCGACCAGCAAUCGCUUUGUGGUGGCUGCCUCUGACAGCAUAUGCAGUCUCCCGGAGUCUUCUUCACAGCCCCCACUUUUUGCAGCGGGAGGCGCCCGGGGACAAGGGUGGUGGGGUCAAAACCAGCAGCACCGUGGAACUAGAAAACACUACAGCGUUGCGCAUUCUUGUCGACCCAACACAACGGCAAACGCGCGUGUCGCGCUUGUUUAUUUCUGUAAGAUAUUUCUGAUCACAGACUUGCGCGUGUCUUUUUUUUCACGUGGUUAUUUUCGCUGGAAACAUGCAGGUGUUUUUUUUCCUUUCACGUUUUUAAUAUUUUGUCGUCGUUGCCGAAGUGGUGCAGACACAGCAGGGGGGGGGGGGACCGUUACCUCGUGGUGUUGGUGGGGUGCAGAGAGAGAUUUUUUUUUUUCGACCGGGAACAGUGCGCUGUGCGCCAGCAACGUGCGGGUUGGUUGCGAAGGGGGGGUCUGUGCCGUGGAGCCAGCGCGCGCACGGGGGAUUGUGGACCAUGUCAAGGUUGCAAAAAGUGAUUCCUAAGUUCGCCUGCUCGGCGUUCAGAGCACCCGUCUACUACUGUUUUUAGCCGUCGCCAGAACAGAAGCUGCUCCAAUGUUAUUACCUAUCGCCCGUUGUAGCAUUCGUUUUAUUUCCCUCACUCUAGACAGUGACCAAGGCAUAGUCGAGCUUGCAAAGGGGGGGGGGGGCUGUGGUAGACGCCGAUUGAAAAAUGCUUUAUUUUGAAAUUUCAGUGUCGACGGGUGGGUGUGAUGAGCGAGUGGAAACAUCAACCCUGUGAACUGUGCGCUCUUUCGAGUGUGAGAAUAUGUACUUGUGUACGCGAGUGUGAGAGUGUGAAUACGAGUGCGCGCGCGUUUAAGUGCAUGUUUGUUCUUUGCCGUCGUUGGGAAUAAUUACGGCGGCCAAUCAAUCAAAAAAUUAAGACAAAAAUUGUCAUCCAUGUGUUAGCUUCAUCUGGUUUCUGGGUCUCAGGUUAUCUGCAUACUGUAGAUAGAUAUGUUUUAUUUUCUGGCUUGCCAAGCAGUCCUUGUUUUGAGGGGGGGGUGGGGGGGGGUAAUGACGUGUUACGCAUGUGUGUCCAAUAUCAUCUCUCACCUGCGACUUCCGAUUACUUUUUCGGUCCAAACGUGCACUGGCCCAGCUGUAUAAUCUUCACCACGCUCCCCGUGGGUGCGUCAUAGCUCUCCGUGCUGCCCAAGUCGCUGUAAAUGUUUCAAUUGUUUUGGAUGGUGUGCAGAUGUGGGUGGCGGUGGGUGGGUGGGGGGGGGUCACCCUCGCGAUGUGGGAGAAGGCCUCGCACUCUCGUAACGCGCAUUUGUCGUCAUGGCAAAUCCGCCGCGCGACUGUCUUCGUCACGGGGGCCCCCCCCAUGUGGGAUCUCGUCGCGUUGCCAAGCCGAGGCCAAUUUCACGGUCGCCUCCAUCGCCCGGAGCUAUGGCAUCCACGAGUCGGGCAUCGGGCCACACUACAAAACAGCCCUGGGUGGACGUGAUAUCCCAUCGGAAGGAGCCAACCAUGUGGCCCCGAAGGCCAUUUGCUCACUCUCCACCGAGCAGCUCAAUGCACUGCGCCUUUCAUCGCAGAUGCACCCGAAAGCUCGCUCGUUUGCUCACUCCCUCCUCUUUGCCAUAGAGGGCCUGGGCCCCACGAGGCCGCUGAGGGGCCCAGGUGCUCGCCAGUGAGGUCCCAUCCCCUGGCUGCUGGGCCCAACACGGUUUUAGGGCGGGGGGGGGGGGGGAGUGGAGUGGUUGCGUUACAUCUUCUGUGGGGCGAGAGGGGUGGGCAUGUGAAAGCAGCUGCCACGGGGACUCUGUGGGCAGUGAUUUCAGUGCCAGUAUUUGUUGCCUUUUUGUAAGCGAAUUAAUUGACACAAAGUACCCGCAACAGAUGACGACACCGUGUUCCCCAUGGCUUGCUAGCUUUGUUAUUUCGUUUUUGUUUUGCGUCUGUAAGAAUGUUGUACAGUUUUGCAUGAUAACGUGGGUGUAUUUUUUUUAACAUCAAAGCCACGCGGCAUAGAGAAGAACGUUCGCUUGUAUUAAUGUUCGGAGGAAAAAAAAAAAUCACACCUUGGUUUUUAAAUGAAAUUUGCUGUAAGAAAUAUAAACUUUAAAUUGUGCUGGGGCUUUUUUUUUCUUUAUUUUGCACACGAAUAUUUAUAGAGGGGUUAGUGCAUCGACAGCAGCAGGUUAAGAACACUUCGUAAUAAUGUUUGACACAAACAUGAUAUCUUAUAUUAACCAAACCUUAAAACAUUGCAAAAUAAACAUAAAAAUCGACGACCCGC